AUGCCGGUCAGUACUCACCACCAUGACCCUCGAACCUAUCCCAGUGCUAUCUCUCGAUCAUCUUGCCCAUACCCUCGUCGUCCGGAAUUCUUGAACCGCGCAACUAACUCGAAUUUUUCCAUCAUACAGAGCCACAAGACUUUCCGCACCAAGCAAAAGCUUGCCAAAGCUCAGAAGCAGAACCGCCCCAUCCCCCAGUGGAUUCGUCUGCGCACCGGCAACACCAUCAGAUACAACGCUAAGCGGCGACACUGGCGCAAGACCCGUCUGGGCAUCUAA